UAUUAAUAUUAAUAUGAAACAGAAGUCAAAACAAAUUUUGACACCGGUCAUAACACUAAAUGAAAAGUUAAAAUUGAUUUGACAAAUUUAGUGAAACAAGUUAAUAUUUACUCAACAAACGUAAAUAAAGCAUAAAUAACCCGAGGAUCAUAAAAAGAAUAAUAUUUCGGAACUAUGAAUAUUAAUCCAAACCAAACCAAAAUCAAAUCACCUUACAAGCCGGGAACUGCAACGAAGCCUCUUAUAAUAAUCAGGGGAUAUCGUCAACCGGUAAACCGAAAAGCCAUUCAAGAAUAUUUAGAAUCAUUUGGAGGAUUAGAUCAGAUUAUUUUUCAUAAUUCACAUAUAACAAUACAAUUUGCAACAGAUAAUUUUCAUGAAACAUUUCGAAAGAAUAAAUUACGCUUUGAAAAUAAAUCUCUAUCUAUAAAAAUUAUUAAACCAAAUAAUCAAAAAAAGGCAAAACGUAUAAAGGUGCUAAAAAACAAAAAUGUAAAACUAAAAGAUACAAAUUUUAAACCAAAAGAUAAAAACAUUCAGCCAAAAAAUAAAAAUGAAAAUACUCCAGCCAAAAAUCUAGAAAGAUCAAUGAAUAUCAUCAAUCCAUUACAAUUGAUAAAUGAAAUAACUAAAUUAAGGACGGCGGACGAGCAAUUAAUGCAUUUAAUGAAAGAAAUACAGCUUCCUUAUCAAGAAGUUGAAACAAAUCAUUUGUCACUUUGUCAAUAUUUAGAAUCUGCUUUAAGUAAUUAUGUAUUUGUAACGAGAGGAUGUCGUGCGAUGCCCUUUGGAUCAACUAUCACAGGAUUAGCUUUUAAAUGGGCUGAGUUAGAUGUAUUCAUUCAAAAUAUCAACAUACCCGAUAAUGCAACAAACGACUCAGGAACAAUAGCACAGUAUAUAACUCAAUCCAAAAUAGCCUUACAACGUACAGGCUCGUUAUAUAGUAUUCAAGAGAAACAAUCAAAAUAUUUAAACACGCAAUAUAUAAGAUGUACUCAUGAAUCAACCAAAAUCAUUUGUAAUAUUUAUUUUAAAAAUGCGUUAGGCGUUUGUAAUAGCAAUUUAGUCUAUUUUUUAUUAAAUAGUGAUGUUCGAUUACGACCAAUGAUGAUGGUCAUUAAAUAUUGGGCGAAAAUUAAUGAUAUUGCUGGACCCAAGAAAAUAUCAAAUUAUGCGUUAGUAAUGUUACUAAUAUUUUAUUUACAACAGAAUCCAAAACCAAUAUUACCAAAUAUUUCGAUGCUACAAGAUCCAUUUUUCGAAAAAAUUAUUAAUGGAUGGAAUGCUGGCUAUAAUAAUAAAUUUAAUUUUCAGACAUUAAAUGAUUAUUCGAUACCUUAUUUAUUACAUGGUUUUUUUGAAUUUUAUAGCACCUAUGACUUUUUAACUCAAGUUUUAUCACCAUUCACGGGUACGAGCAUUUCUAAAACAAUGUUUCAUAAUGCUAAUGAAUUAGAUAAUAUUCUGUGGUUAUACAAAAAAAAUUUUUUGAGUAAUCAUUGUACUAAAUUGGAGGUAGAUUAUCUUAUGUGUAUACAAGACCCAUUUGAGCAUAAUCACAACUUAACAAAACCUGUAAAUUUGACAACAAUCAAAGUUUUUCAACAAUGUUGUACAUCGGCUGCUCUCAUCUGCCGAAAAGCAAUCGAUUCACAAUCAAUAAUAAGUUUAUUACCACAGCUAUUGAAAGUUACAAAUUGCAAAUAUGAAAUAACUAUAUUACCUACUUCUUCAUUAAAUCAAAAUAUUGAUUUAAUGGAUAUUGCUGAAAGAAACAAUUGGUACGGGCGGGUAAACGAAAUUCUUUUGAUAAUAUUAAAAAAAGUCAUGAAAUUUGACAUAAGAUUAGCAAAACAUGAUCAAACCACAGAUAUACAUGACAAUAUUGUUGAAUCAUUUAACAUCUCAUGCAUAGGGUACUUCGAAAUACAUCAUAACCGUUCAAAAGUUUCAAAAAAAAUUGGUACAUCGGUGGGUUUAAAACAUGAAAUUGCAAUUUCUGAUUAUAUAGUUGAAAAUUUUAAUAAAUCACGCCUUUUAAAUAAAAAGCCAAUAUUGGAAAUGGAUAUUUUAUUUAUCGCAUGUCGUAAUCCAACCAGAAUUGUUUUAGAACUUAGGAAUCGACAGGAUGAAUUAAAAAAUUGCUUCUCAAUAUACGAACACUAUUUACAAAAAUGGUUGCCUAUAUGGAUAGAUAAAUAUUUGCAAGAAAAAGCCGAGGAUAUUUUAGCUGCAAGUACAUCUUCAAGGUGCAAAUGAAGUGUGUCGCUGUAAUUACAUCUUCAGAAUGCAGAUGAAUAAUUAUAAUUUAGAGAAACGAAACCGUUAAAAUAAAAUAUUAAUAUUAAAAAUUAGUUAAUUUUUUAAGUCGAUUCAUUAAAAGGCUUAGUAACGGUUUACUAGAUACAGUGCAGCCCUAUUUAGUCAAGCUAAAGAUGCAAACAAUUUUGAAUUUGGAUUUUUUUUAAGUAGUUAAUCAUUUUAUACUAAUCUUGAAUAUUUUGUUUACUUGGCUAUUCUUUAUUACUUUUUUC